AGACAUUUUCUUCACAGUCGCAGGCCAGCAAGCACGAACGGGAAACCUCCGCAUUUUUCCUUUUUUGAACACUACAAGGACUACAUGGACGCCGACGUGUAAGCAGCAAAUCUGACAGCUCUGGGCUGGUGGUAACGAAUUUUACACUUUUCUACAAUUUAUUGAGCUACAUUCGACAAUACUUCGUCGAAAUACAUUUCAUCAAGACAUUGAUUCGAUUUUGAACGUAUUUUCUCAAUAAAAUAUCGUGAUAUUUGACUGUAUUCUGCAACGGAUUUGUACUCCGCCUACUCCACCAUGCCGUACGAAACUCGAGCUAAACCACAGCAGCCACACGCUUCAGGUGCCACGCCCGACCAGCCCUCCCUUAGUGAACUCAAAACGGACAUAGCAAAACUAUCGGACCUCCUCUGCAAGAAAAUAGACGCCAUGCACAUCAAGAUCUCUGAUAUUGAAGCAUCGUUAAAAGACACAAGUGACCGUGCGCUGAACAUUGAGCAAAACGAAAUCCCAAAGCUUCGUAAUGAACAUAAAGCUGACAUAGCAGCCAUCGAAAAAAAACUUCUCAUGAUGGAAAUAUACCAGCGCAAAGCUAACCUUCUAUUCUACGGAAUUAGUCAAAACAGAGAUGAGAAUGUGUAUGACAAAUUGAGAAAUGUCUUCAUUGAGCUCGGCAUAUCACCUGAAGCGGCAGCGAAGAUUACUAUUGUGAACGCCCAUCGACUCCCCCGGAAAUCAAGAACCACGGAUGGCAACCAAGGACCGGACCCCAUCAUAGCGAAAUUUGCGAUCAUGACGGAACGCGAACUCCUACUUGACGCCUUCCAAGGACGUAAGAAGCACGCAACCGAUGUUGACGACCCAGCGGAUAGGCAAGGCGCAUCGAGCAGACCGCAAAGCAGGAUUUCCGUCAGAACUGACCUACCGCCUGCAAUGAAAUAUCGUCGCGGAAAGUCAUCUAACAUCGCUUAUCGUCUCCGCAAGGAAAAGCAUCUAUCAACGAAAAUAUUCGUUCAUGGAACGGAUGUUAUUCUACAAUACAAGGAAAAAAGUGCAAGAGAUUGGAAAACGUAUACCGAUGAAGGAAAUUAGGUAUCUACAUCGAGAGGAUUGAUGAUUUGACUAUGAGGAUUGGAAUGAAACGCAACGCAAGUUAAGGAAACCGACAUGAACGUAAGAAAUAUUUUUC